AUGAAUUAUACUAUACAUGGAAAUGAUUGUUUACAUAAUAUGAAUCCAAAUCAACUUCAUCCAAUAGUGUAUACAACUAGUAAUUCUUCAUAUGACAGAUUACCACUUCUUAGAAAUCAAGGUAGAUCACUUUCAGCAAGAGAAUAUGAACCACAAAAAUCUUUUGAUUCCUUAUCACCAAAUAUGUAUAAUAUUUCUAAAUCUUUUGAGAGUGAUGAUAAUAAUGAUUAUAAUUAUUUCACAAAAGAGUCUAAUGAACUUAAUCGUAGUACAAAGAAGUCAAAAAGUGUUGGUAAAACAUUUUAUGCUAAAUAUAAAUCUCAACAUCAAUUAUAUGAAAAGGAAGGAUUAUCAGUAUCCCGUUUAACAAGUCUCGGAAAUGUUUCACCAAGAAUUUUACCCAAUCUUCCCAGACAAUUUCCUUCUAAUUAUAAUAUAAAACGCCCCUCAGAACUUAAAUUAUUUCAGUACGACACAACUGAAAAAUAUAACUCAAAAAUAGGAGAUAAACAAAAUUAUUUUUGGAAUAGAAAUUCAUUAUAUCCAAAAGCAUCUUCUAAAAUAAUGAGAUCAACAUCUUGUAAGACGACACCUAGUCGAAUGAGAUCCAUAUCACCAAUGAACAAUGAUGGUACAAUAAAAUGUGAACCAGAAUAUUCAUCCUUCAACAAUUUAAAUAUUAUAGAUUUUCUUUAUAAUGUUCGUUCACAUGAAGAUGAAGGUAAUUUAAAUGAUAAUAUUAAUCAAAAAUCAUCAUCAAAUGUUUUUUUAAAAAAAGCUACAAGAAGUGUUACAAAAAAGAUAGCACAGUUAAAAAUGGGCCAAAAAGAAUCAAGAUUACAAAAAUCUACAAAUGAAUUAAAUUCUGGUUUUAGUAAUUCAUUUGAUAAUUCAUAUAUUGAAACAAAUAAAAUAGAACAAAAUAAAAAACAUAUCAAUAAUUCUAGUCGUACAAAUAGUACUAAUUCAGAUGAUUCUUAUAUAAUAGAUAAUAAACCAACAACCAAGACAGGAAGUAGUGGUAGUUUAAAUAUUUUUACUAAAAAUAAAAAUAAAAAAAACGACCGUAGAAUUCAGAAUGGGAUAAGGAGUUCCUCAGCUACAUCAAAAACUGCCACCAACAAAAGGAAUGUCUCACCUCCAAAAUUAAUUGCAUUAAAAAAGAUAGCCCCAAUAUCAUCAUCAAGUCAGGAAAUUAUUAAAUAUUGUAUGGAGAACGCAAGAGGAGACAUUGCAUCGAGGAUUAUUUCAAGGAUGGCUCACAAAAGGGAAGAUUUUGCUUUAUUUAUAACAAAUUUAAAUACAGAUCAAUUGAAUGAAUUUACUGGAGCACUUAGAGAUUACAUGAAUCAAGUAUUAAAACAUGUCCAUUCAGCAGACAAAAUUCGUGAAAUUUCAAUGCAAUUUGGUAUACUUCAAGUCUCAAGAAGAGAAUGGGGUUUUAAGGCAGAUUUUUUUGCCUGUAUGGCUAAUUCAAUUACAACAGAGUGUGUUUUUCUUGAUGGUGCUGCUCAUCAACCUACAGAAGCUAUUGAGGCUUGGGCAGAGUUAGUUGAAUUAAUGUUUACAAAUAUUAGAGAAGGAUACUAUCAACAAAUUAGAUACUUAAGAAGAAGAUCACAAUGUUUUUCUGGAUAUUUUAGUCAAUCACAAGAAGUAUCAACAUCAUGUGAAAAUGUAUUGGAUGAUUUCAAUUACCUUGAUACUAUUAAUAUUCCACAUUCAUCAAAUGACAUUAAUCAUAAAAGAUUUUUUAAAGAUAAUAAAGAAGUAAAUUAUAAACAUCCAUGGACAAUGCAAAGGCAAAUGUCAGAAAGUGGUUGCUAUGGUGAAAGACCAACAAAUUUAAGAACUCGUUAUAACUAUAACAAGGAUAAAAAUUCUCCAAUUGAACCAGUUAUGUCACCUGGAGUUAUUAUAAAUAUAAAAAAUUAA